UUGACAAAAUCUCGCAGAAAUUGACGUCAUUUCGGAAGACAAGAUAGCUAAAGAAAGUUAGCCCGUCAACAACCUUAAACCUGUUAUUUUAGACUUGAAUACCAUAGAGACUUUUGCGAAAUUCAUUUUUUGUACUUUAGUAUAUUUUUUUAUGUCUUAAAGAAACAAAGUUUAAGUUUAACGUAUAAUCCGAUAUUCGUGUUAGCAUAAGCAUGAUGUUGCUAUUCUGAGCUACAACAUAAAAUAUCAGGAAGAAGAUCUAUUUUCUGGUUGCACUUUGAACUCUUCAGACAUGAACUGUACGUUAGAGAAAGUCCUGGCAGAUGCUAAGUCCUUGGUAGAAAGGCUCCGUAACCAUGACAACGUAGCCGAGAUGUUAAUCGAACAGACAACAUCUCUCAACAAGAGGGUAGAAGCCAUGAAACAGUACCAGGAGGAGAUUGAUGGACUAAACCAGGUCGCACGACAUCGGCCUCGUUCCAGUCUGGUGUUAGGAAUCCAGCAGGAGAACCGUCAGAUCCGAGAGCUGCAGCAGGAAAACAAAGAGCUACGAACAUCUUUAGAGGAGCAUCAGUCUGCGUUGGAACUCAUCAUGACCAAAUACAGGGAGCAGGUUUUUAGGCUCCUCAUGGCCAGCAAGAGGGACGACCCCACCAUCGUCACCCAGCUGAAGGAGCAGCACACAACGGAAAUGCAGGCACACAUAGACAAGAUCAACGAGAUGGCCUCUGUGAUGCGGAAGGCGAUAGAGGUGGACGAGGAGCGCGUUUGUGAGGACGAAGAGAGGAUUAAACAAUUAGAGAUGGAGAACUGUGGCCUCCGAGAGCUGCUGGGGAUCAGCCGUGAGGCCUUCCUCAUCCUGAAGAGGGAGGAGCCGUCGGAGAACACGUCGCUGUCGCCGCUGCUGAGCAGCACCGACGUCAGCCUACGAAAGACUUAGUGUCCGCUCCCACCCCGCCACACUACUGCCAAAGCAGCCAGCGGCCCAGAAUGCAUUGCGUCAUGUCUUUGUUACAGCAUGUAUGAGCCUGUGGUGCCUGUGUACCUCCUAACCCGGGAAGAAGAGAGGUGUUGCUUGAAAUGAAAUAAAUGAUUAUCAGGUGGUUUGG